GAGCUUAUGUGUUUAGCAAACAUAGCAAGGCUCCAUUAAGACAGAUGUGACUAAAAGUGGUGGCUUUUUCCUUUUAAGACUUUCCUUUCUCUUUCCCUUUGUCUCUCAUCUCUUUUAGUCACUCAAAAUACUCUUCAACUCUUUUAUGAGAUUCAAUCACCAGAGAUCAGCCACAGAGAGAUCACUAGAGGCCAUGGGAUCUGAGGCAGAGGUAGAGGAAGAGGCACUAAAGCUACCCUUGUUUUCUGUCCCUCAAAUUCAGUCACUUGAGCCUUCUGGGAGUUUAACCCCACCACUCUACACCUCAGUUUCAGUUCCAUUUCGCUGGGAAGAAGAGCCUGGCAAGCCAAGGCCUUGCACUGCCCUCAUCACCCUUCCAAACCCAACUGACUUUUCUCAUAAGUGCUUAGAACUCCCUCCAAGGCUGCUUUUGGAAACCAAACAACCUUCACCCACCACAGUCCUGGAGGGUCCUUAUGUGGGCAGGUCAAAGUUUCAGUCUUCUUCAUUUAGGAUGGGCAUGGAGUGUUAUGGUGCUUUUAGCCCUGAGAGAGGGCAGCUUGGUGCCGUGGUUCUGAGCAAGAGAGGGCAUAAAGAAAGAGGGUGGUUUGAUUCAUGGGGGAGGAGGAUCUUGAAGGGUAAAAGAGAGGUUGGUGGGGCUAGUUAUGUCUUUCCAUCAUCUGUGGAUGGAGAGAGUGAUGGCAGCAGUGUGGGAGAGAGCAGCAGCAGUAGGAAGGUGAAGACCACAAGGAUUAGAAGAGCUGGGAGCUUUUCUAGUCUCUCUCAUGCCAGACCUCAUUUCUGGACAACAAUUUACCAGGGCUUGAAGCAGGCAGUUCCAUGGAAGAGUAGAAAAUUGAAGAAAGAUGGGAUUGUGAUCUAGACUCAUCUCUGUGCGCACCUUAGAGUAGGUCCAAAUCAAAAUUACCUGUCAACUGCUGCAGUCCAGUAAUAUUCUAUGUGACUUGAAAAUGACAUUUUCUUUUCUACACAAUCAAAGGAUUUCAUGCUGAAAUCCGGAAAAGUGGACGUUGUCAUGCGAAAUGAAAAUGGCUUGUAAUUGUGUUUAUGUAAAAUGUAGACCUUAUUUUGCUGUUUU